GAGACAACCAGCGAACCCGGUACCACGUUUGUUUACGCCGAGUUUGACGGCAUACUAGGCAUGGGUUACCCACAGAUAUCCACAGAUAACGUGGAGCCUGUGUUUCAAAACAUGAUAGCACAGGGAGUGGUGUCGGCGCCGGUCUUCUCCUUCUACCUGAACCGAGACGACAGUCAAUCGCUCGGCGGAGAGAUUAUAUUUGGCGGUUCAGACCCCAACCACUAUACCGCCCCCUUUACGUACCUACCGGUGACCCAACAGGGCUACUGGCAAUUCACCAUGGACGGUGGCCAGGUAUCCGACGGUACCGGGUUUUGUUCGGGCAGCUGUCAGGCCAUUGCAGAUACCGGCACAUCGCUGAUCGUGGGUCCGGACAACGAUAUCGCGGCCAUUAAUCAGGCCAUCGGCGCCGCAGAUGACGGUUCCGGCGAUUAUAUGGUAGACUGCGGUAGCGUUAAAUCGUUGCCUACCGUGACGUUCAUUUUGGGCGGAAAGGCAUUCCCGUUGACCGGCGGUCAGUAUGUGUUGGUUCAGAGCGAUCAAAACGGGAACCCGCAGUGUAUGUCGGGUUUCUCGCCGGGAGGCGACCCCCUCUGGAUUUUGGGCGACGUGUUUAUCGGUCCCUAUUAUACUGAGUUUGAUUUCGGUAAUAAUAGGGUUGGCUUCGCGCCAACCAAAUAA